GAGCCGGUUUUGCCGGAGAUGCCCUUCGCUCCCCCUGAGGGGGAUUACGGCGACGACAGUGAGACGACGGAGCACCUAGAGCAGUUCAGACACGAGCAGGGCAGGGAUACAUUGGUAUCGGCUUCUGGCUCCAGUGGAUCUUCGUAUCAGGUACGAAAGCCAUGUGUAUGGAUUCACGGCAUUCCAUUUGAAGCGAAGACCGAGGACUUUGACACUGGGUGGGAGUACCUCUAUGACGGUCUGGUUUGCCCUGAGGAUCCUGUUGGUGAGAUUUCCUUGCUGGCACCAUUGCCACAUCCUGCAAGGACGGCCCCGGUGUGGCAUCCAAUUGAAGAGCUUUCAGCGUGUUUUCGCAUUGCAGUCAACUGCACGGACAAGUCUUUGUCCAUCAGAGAGAGACUGGCUUCUCCUCCUGUAGUGCAAUUUCGCGCCGAAGCUUCAGAAGGCUUCCAAGGAUUGAAAGGAGACCGUGCCGUGAGUCAUUGGACAUAUCCAGAAAACGCCAAGAAGGAACCAGGCAAGUACCUUGCCCAUGUCGACUUGGUGGUCAAGAACGGGGACGCGCGUUUCUUAGGCAUAUCCAGCCUGCUGUUCAACUUUUGCUUGUCGCACAGCUGGCACAGCGGCUUGCUGAGCAGCUGGAUUGCGAAACGGGACCUUUUUCCAGUGGCUUUCACAGAGAAGGAGUCUGACGCAGACAAGAACAGGCGAGACUCAUGGGUUACGAAGGUGCCUGAAGAGGGAGAUGAUUUGGAGGAGUUUGAGGAGUCUGACGAGUGUCAGUGGUUCGAUGACGGAGUUGGUGGCGUUGCCCAGGUGGCGACGCCACAGAUGUUCGACAUCAGCAAUGAUUUGGACGGCGAGUCCGAGGCGGCGAAGCCGCAGAUGUUCGACAUCAGCAGUGAUUUGGACGGCGAGUCCGAGGAGCCGGUUUUGCCGGAGAUGCCCUUCGCUCCCCCUGAGGGGGAUUACGGCGACGACAGUGAGACGACGGAGCACCUAGAGCAGUUCGGACACGAGCAGGAGCUGGUUUUGCCGGAGAUGCCCUUCGCUCCCCCUGAGGCGGAUUACGGCGACGACAGUGAGACGACGGAGCACCUAGAGCAGUUCGGACACGAGCAGGGCAGGGAUACAUUGGUAUCUGCUUCUGGCUCCAGUGGAUCUUCGUAUCAG